UUUUAAACCGAUAAGUAUAGGUACUUAAUGGCCUGAGUGCGCGUAGCCAACGUGCCAAUCGUUUUAUACGCUCCGUAUUAGAGAACGAAACGCAAGCUGUCACUGUUGCUCUAACAUGGAAGAGUGAUCGUCUGAUAGAGACACAAAAGGAUUUUGUUGUAGUAGCGCAAACCAUUGUCACCUUGGCUGGGCUGCCUAGAUAGGGAAAACUGUCACUCAGAAUAGGUUAUUUCUAUUUGAAAGCUUAAAAAGAAUGAGUAUUUUACGUCAUUUCAGCUGAUGGUGUCACACUUAACGUUUUCGAUUUAUUUAGACUUCAAAGCGUAAGUCAAAAAAUUGGCGAUGAAGCUAUAAGACGCCAAGUAUGUUAGUGAGAUGGAGGCGGGUUGUUGCAGAGCGGCUGCACGCUGCGGUGUCGGCGCCGGCGCCGCAGUACUCGUACCACAGCAUGUUCGUGGCGGCGGCCGAGAGCGCCGCGCUCUGGCGCUGCAAGUCCUGCGGCAAGGAGGUCUCCAACCGCUGGCACCACUUCCACUCGCACACGGCGCAGCGCUCGCUGUGCCCCUACUGCCCGGCCACCUACAGCCGCAUCGACACGCUGCGCUCGCAUCUUCGUCUCAAGCACGCCGCUUUGCUGCUCAAACAUUAAAUCCAUCACUCGAUUGAGGUGUUCGUCACCUACACGAACGCUACCCGACCCCUGCUUUGCUCUAUACGACCACGAAUUUAAGUCGUAUACCAUCGAUGUUGAUGAUGGAUCGAUUUAUCGUUAUACUUUCGUAGAUAGUAUUAAUGUUGAACAUGCAUUUUGCAUUGUAACGUAAGUAGGUAAUACAUAUACCGCACGUUUUGUGCGUUUUAUUGUUUUAUGUACGUAGGUGUCUAAGGUUUCAUUUUAAUAUGCUUUAUAAACAGGGUAAAUUAUACAUUACGUGGGUUGUUCUGAUGAAACUUUAGAUGAUAACAUUAGCACUAGUUUGUGCACAUAAUUAUAACUAUCUAUCGUGGGAUAACGUAUGUGUUAUCUAAGUAUGUAUAGAUAAGUUUCAAGCUAACAAUGAGCCUGAAGUAAUACCUUCCUAUUGGACUCUUUCAUGGCGCUAUACCUAUUCGUUGGUCCAGUCUCCACUUGUUAUUGUUUUAGAAUUCAGUUCAAUAUUAAGGUCCAUCUUUUAACUACAUCACAAGUUUGAGGAGAGGGAGGAGGAUAAGAAAAUGAGACACGGGGAAGAGGGAGUCACAAACUUUGUGAGGUUCACUUACUUUUGUCCGAAAGUUGUUUUAUUUGUAUUCACUGUACCUACAGUUAUAUUAUAUCAUUAUAUAUAUUAUUCAACAAUGAUUUUAUGGAAAUCGUGUUUAUUCAUAUAUUUUGCCUAAUCGGUUUAGUGC